AUGUGUAGGUGUUCAUUUCCUGCCGAUGUAGUCAUUGAUGAUGAUAUAAACAUUAACAUAGAUGAUAGACCAACAAUGGAUAAGGGUGAUUCUUCUGUAAGUGAAAGUGAUUCAACUAUUGGAGCUAUUGAUACCUUUGCUCAGAUCACUAGAGUACGACAAAAGUCAUUUACUUCAAAAGACAUUAAAGAUACUAAAGAAUCAAAGACUACAAACCAAGGAGUAAAUAAUUUGAAAGAGAGUUUUUGUCAGUCUGAGAAAAUUUAUGACGAUCAAAGCACUACAGUAUCAGUCUCUGGAAUACCUGUAUUACAGGGUGUAAUAUCAGACAUUGGCAUAAAAUGA